AAGGAAUCGCUCAAGAAACUUCUUGAGUGAUUCCUGACAGAAACUUUCUUCGGUGACUGCCAUUUGAACUGUCAUUUCUUCGCAACUGCGUACUGCGAUCAAAGAAAAACAGGUUUCUUGAGCGAUUCAGGCAAGGAAUUUCCCAUGUAUCAAGAUAGGCUGAGAAAUUCCUUCUGAUCUGCAAACAGCGCUUAAAGGUUCUUCCAGUAAUUAUUUCGGUGCAUUUUUGAAGAUUACUUCAAGAAUUUCUCUAGACCUAGACAUAUCUUUGAGUAUUUUUUAAGUAUUCCUUUAGAGAUUUCUUCAUGGAUUUCUCCGUAUAUUCCUGAAGAACUCCGCUAGAGAUUCUUCCAAUAAUUCCAUCGAUAUACAUAUCAGAAAUCUUCCUGAGAUUGUUAAGGCAUUCGAUGAAUAAGUAGCAGGGCUUAGUAGGCGACUUGAACUUUUUGAAUAAAUUUGUUGCAAAUACUCUGUCGCACUAUCUCUAUUUUUAUCAGACUAAAUUCUUCGUGCAAUAUCUUCAAAAUUUAUUUGUAAUCAAAUCUCUCUCGUCGAAACGCAUCCAUCAUCAUUCGACCGCGCACAGCAGCACGGUAGUUCGCGACGGCGGUGGCACAAUAAUUCCUCAAGCUGGAGGAACCGGACAGAAUGCAACCAGCCGAGUGUGCAGGAGUGAUUUCGCCGGUGGUGCUCGAAUCGGCUACUGCCCCCAUUUCCGUGGUGCCUCGUUCUACUACUACUACUACAGCUAAUAAUAGUUCCAUCAUGCUAACCGGUGGUGUUGGCCAUCCGUUGCUGCUGUCGUCGUCGUCCACGUCGUCCUCGUUGUCGUCCUCGCCAGAAACGGUGCGAAGUGCAUCAUCGUCAACAACAUCCUCGUUAGCGGCAGCACCUCAAACGGCCCCAGCGCCGGCACCUGCACCGACACCCGCACCGACACCGACACCGACCUCGCCGGUGAUCAAAACGAAACAGUGCCAACCGGACGACUUCGGGGAGGGCGAUGACGACGACGGGCAGGGUCGGGCGCCGCUGAUGAAGCAACUGAACAAACUGCUCACCCCACCGGACGAUCUGCUGCAGUGGAAGGACAUGCCCCAGCACUUGCAGUUCAACCCGUACGUCCUGACCGGAUACCGGCCGCUGCAAGGCGUCAAAGGAUGUCUCAGCAGUUUGUUCUACGUGCAUAACGAGACGAUUAAUAUUUUAACACACGGCAUUCCAAUAGUGUACAUCCUGGCAACAGUUCCGGCAAUGAUGCCAUGGGAGAAGGAGUUCCGCUUUCUCUCGUGGUGCCAUCUGGUCGGUUCUGUUGCGCCCUGGUGCGGUAGUUUCGUCUACCAUCUCUUCAUGAAUCUGGAACUGGGCGAGAGCGCGUACUACCGGCUGCUGCAGCUCGACAUGCUCGGAAUUUGGAUUAGUCAAAGUUUCGGUGCCCUUCCGAUGGUAACGGCAACCGUGUACUGCCUGGGUUGGCCUCUCAAGUGGUUUAUCAUCAUAUCGUACUCGCUGCUGUGCAUCUGGGGUCUAUACAAGGCCAUGACGGCUUCCUCACCGUGGCAACGGCGACUCUGCUUCCUGCUGCCCUUCAUGAUGCGGAUCAUGCUCACGUUGCUGCGGAUAUCCAAGCUGGGCGGGGGGAACCCCUCGUCGCUGACACACGUGUUUUUGCAGGACGCCGUUUCGGCCGUGGGCGGCGUGAUUGGAGCGAUGCACAUACCGGAAAAGUGGUUCCCCGGCAGUGUGGACAUCUAUCUCAACUCGCACAACAUCAUGCACGUGCUGGUGGUCAUGGCCGUCUACUCGAUGCACCAGGCAACCGUCCGGGACAUCGAGUGGAUGCAAAACGCGGAAUGUAGCCGGUCCAACCUGACGUCAUCGCUGAACAUAGACGCCUUCAACGGAUCCCACCUGGAGCUAUGACCAGCUGGCGCCGAAUACUCCGUCCCGCGGGAUGCCGCAGCUGGUCUCGGCUCCUGCCGCAACUCCUCAUCAGCCGCUGCCGUCUACCUGGCCUACUUCAACACCACCACGACCGCUCCUCCUAGGACAUGUGCUGCCGGUUCCGGCGUGGACGCUUCUUCCGGCAGCACCAGCACCGCCAACAGCACUACAACUAGCAGCAUAAGUGGCACAACGACGACGACGACGACGUGGUGGAGCCUGGUGGAGUUCGUACGACUGCGUGUCUUGCGGUCAUCACAGCAGCACGAAUACGGCAGCGCGGAUCUCCCUGGAGGUGGUGAGCUCGCCUACAGCGAUGACGGUGCGUUUCGGUGGAUUAGUCGGUGGAUUUCUGCUGACGGCGGUCACCGAUAGACACAGACGGGUUCGUUCGUCCGACUCUGGCGUGCUCGACUCGGUUCACCCCCGCCUUUUACUCUUUCACCGCACUGUUGAGCUGUAGCAGGUACCAUUCUCUCUCUCACCCUCCCCAGAGGGAAUUUGUCCAACCUGUGUGCGAAUCGGAUGUGAUUGGAGCAAUGAUUGCCUCUUUCUUGGAAUCGGUUUGGGGAAAAUUUAUGAGCCGGUUUAUUUGUCAUGUUGUGUUGUGUUUCGUGUAAGUGCAAAUCAGUGCGAAAAUUGAACAUGGGAUUGUGUGGUUGGUAUUAGACCUGUGCGCCGCCGCGCCACGCCGCCGCCGCCGACACUUUUUGUCCCACGCCGACGCCGACCGAGGUAUCGGCGGCGCGCCAUACGCCGCUGUUUGUCACGCCGCCGAUUUUCAUUUUUCGCGCCGGUGAUCAGUGCACGAACAAAAUUAAGUUUAUAUAAAGUUGAGAUCAAAUCUCACUAUCACUGUCAUAAGAGUUUGAUUAAAAUAGUUGAUUUCUCAACUCUUAGAACACACAUUCACAUCUCCGCAGAAGUUUAUUCAGAUAAUCUUUCAGGAUGCCUCUUAAAGAUCAGCCUGGGAUUCCUUCAGAAAAAUCUUCAGGGAUGUUUUUGUCGUGACCAGCUUCCGGCAUCUUCCGUUGGCGUUGUUUUUUGCCAAAAUAAUGAAGGCUCGACGCUCCAACUGGUAGAAAGCGGUUCCACCCGCUUACUAGCCGGUGGAGCGGGAUGUAGUUGUGUGGGCGCUUCUGUUGUGCUGUUUCUUUAGCUGGUCUGAGCGAGGAAAACUCCCAAAACCUCACUUUUGACCAGCUGCGGAAUUAGCACUCCAAAGAAGCCUCGGCCCAGCUGCUGCUACCACUACGGGUUACUGCUCCGCUCUGCAAUCGUCGAUCAACUGACUGCUCGUUCACGAUGUGUCACUUUUAUAUUAUGUUGCGUCGUUUCCUCUCCUCCUCGACGUCGCAUUUGACAUGUUGCAUUCCUGUCAUGGAAUAGUAUUAGGCGCUCUCGUUUUCAUGUGUCGAUUAUUAUUAUAAUAAUUUUUAUUUUCAUUAACUUUUUUUUUUCUGUUAUUCCCUUUUAUUUAUUCACUACCUUCACCACAUUUCCCCUCACCUCUACACUCUCAUAAAAUCAGGUUCAUUUCCUUUUUAUUAUUUUAUUUUGAUUUGUUAUAAUAAUAAUAAUAAUAAUAAUAUAAAAAUAAAAUUCCAAUAAUACAUACAGUUAGUGCCACAAUUGUUUUCAAACUGUAUUCAUUUCGUUUGUAUGCAACUUUAUUUAUUCUUUUAAUUAGACAGCGUCAAAUAUAACAAGACAAAGCAGAAUGCAGACGAUCUUCAAUUUCCAAUUCUUAUUAAUUUAAAAUUAAACUCAAUACCAUUCACAAAAUCACUAAAAUUUGUGAACCAUAUCGGCAUUGAUAUUAACCUGAAUUUGUUUAUUACCUAUAUUUAGGACUGACUUCCUACUCACAUCACAUCGAAAUUACAGUUUGCAAAAUGUUUUCCAAUAUUGCAUGAAAUACACACGUAAAAAAACUCAGUUCAAAAUUAAACAAAAACCGCGUAAAAAAAGUCUCACUAUUUCUCGACGAAUCAUGCAAAAAUAAGACGAUGAUUUUUUUUGUAUGGAGUUUUCAUUUACGCGGGCGUAAAAAAACAUGACUGUAAAUUUCUUUAUAUUUCACAUACACCACAUAAGUGAUCAAGUCUAAUAAUUAUUUCUCAUCUGUCCUUUAUUUUAUUACAUUUCAAUCUGAAGGAUAUCAUUCGGUCUACCAUUUUUCUGUUUAAAAUUUAAAAGUAAAUUUAUUAUUCUCCGGUAAAUCAGUUCAUCAUAAUUUAUUUCGAUAAAUUGUUGUAUUAUUAGUAGCAAUGUCAAGUUAAUUUAAACCCAUGCCUAUUUUUAAUUCAAACAACCUGAUGCUUAGAAACUGUGAAAAAUGAUUAGUUGUCAUAAUGUGUUGCUCAAUAAAUAAUAUAGUGCCCAACAAUACGCAAUAACGUGUGAGCUGUAAUAACUCUGUAAAAAAUCUUGGUAAAAAUCAAUAAAUGAGAAAAGUUAAAUAAUUAAUCAUUUUCAAAAUUUCAUUUUUAUGACACCUUGGUUUGAAAAUCUUUCAUAUUCCUUACUUGCGAGGUUGCUUGUUUGGCUGAUUAUAAUAACACCUUAGUGGUCACGUCGUGUACUGAGUAUUACGCGUUGCAAGAAAAAAAAGGUUCAUAGAAAAUUCAAACGCACGUACGUACGAAAGGAUAUUUCCCUUCACAACAUCAUGGAUACCCAUGUCCAAUUAACCUUCCGUAACUCGCAUGGUUGGCCACCAGCGUCAGCACUAGACUAAUUUCAAGACUUUGAUGUAUCAAAGAAAACCAUUAAAUUUUAUGUAUUUUUUUAUGGAAAUUGACUUUUGUGCGAAUUAUAUUUAGUGUGUUAGACUAACCAUAAACUGCGAACUUGGGUACCGAGGAUUGUUCACAAUCUGCAAACUUGACUGCGGAAGAAAUCGCGACCAUGACGCCGCUGGCACCACGUUUAUGCUAAGUACAAAAAGCGAGAUAUUUCAAUUUUCUUACACUGAUAACAAAAUCAGUCAUCAAUUUGCUAUCAUCGAUAGCAGGAAUGCUUUUCAAUUCAUUAUUCUGCUCUUAUUUUUGAUGUUUUAAUUGUUAAAACAACCAAAACGACAGCAACCUGAGUUAUCAAAAUUUGCAAUAUCACAACAUCAUAGUUAGUUUCCUAUUUGUUAUCAGUCUUUGCUCGGGAUGCCCAGUUGUUCUGAGACGGAUGCUCUAUUGUAUCCUAUUGAGAAGUCGAGUCGGCGGGUUCUCUUGAAUUCUCCAAUUUCCAUACUUGAAAAGGUAGGUAGUAAAACCCUGACGCAUCUUACUGGAACAAGUAUUAAGAAAAUAUUAAAGCAUAUGAUCUUGUUGAGAUCUAAUGGUGUCCUGUUCCAUAAACGGCCACAAAAACGUUCAGUCAUUACCCAACAGAGCCAUCUUCACCUGAGAUCUAUUCUCUGCUAUGCGCCGAUAGCCCUUUGCGCAUUAAUUCCGCAUCAAAAUCCAUUUUAUUUUAAUUUCCGCGUAAUACACGAACUAUAAAAAAUGCCGCUUGUGGUACACAGCGUGAGCGUGGUGUCACUGUAGGUGGUAGAAGACGCGACUGCUCGAGGGUUAAUAAUAAUUACACUUGAUAAAACUUAAACAUGAAACGAAUCAAAUUGGGAUAGUUUUUAUCUUUUCCUGUAUGGUGAACUCGACCCAUCUCGCUAGUGAAUUUGUUAUUCGUGGGCGUCAUCUGAUAAUGGCAUGUUCAAAAUAUAGGCUAACAAAUAAGAAAAACAAAUCGACUUUCGUUUGAGGUUAAUUUAACAAUGAUGAGUUUAUUUCAAUUAUUGUUAAGCUAAACGGAAUCGCUCAAAUAAUCUCCAAUCAGUGUGGUUUUCUUUCGGAAUGGUCAAAACAUUUUGCAUGAAAGCUUUACUUGAUUUAGUGAUUCUUCUCAGCUCCGUACUGAUGUAAAAAAAGCAAGGUUUCCACAUUUCUUACGCGAUUCCUUACCAGAAGUUUAAAUGCAUCGAGAUAGGCCAAUACAUUUCUUGCCAUCAGCGUAAACCAGCAAAUCAAAUUUCAAAUUCACAUUGUCUGUUUUAUGGUUUGGUAUAUUCAACUAAUCGUUUGUCCCUCUUCCCAUAUUGAAAGUAAAAUGAAAAUAUACAUCAAAGAAUAAAAAAUUGGUUGAUUUUUUUUUUACGAAUGCUUUGCUAGUUGUUUAUUAGCGCCCAGUCGAAGUAUCGUGUGUAUCGAAGUUCUUAUUCGUUGUUAUAGACAAGUCAUGAACUUAGUUUUAUUCACAUAUUUCGGCGAAAAACAUUGAAAAUGAAUCAAUUCACACCACCAAGAAAAAAAAAACUGUAGCUAAUUAUUGUCAAAAUCCAUAGCCAUCGAUUUCGUAUUCGAUAAACUCAAAUUUUACCAAAUGUCAAACUUUGUGAGACGUUAAACGUUUUCAAUUAUUCAGGGAUUUUCCACGUAGCUUUUAUUUGGAUUUCUGAUCAAAUGGUAUUGGCAAGUACUUACUGCAUACAUUAUUAUAUCAUUUAACAACACCCAAAUAGUCGCAUCAUUUAUGCUGUGUCAAUCCACGAUCAUCAAGUUUUCCAAUAACUUCCACAGUGAUCAUUAUUCUUGGAGCAGUUAUUAAGUAUUAAAACUAGCAUAAAUAAAAUUACAAAAGCCAGAAAGUUUCAGAAUAGAUGACCGCUCAAAAUAGCUAACGAAGAAAAAUAUGUAGAAAGGUCGUUGCGUUUCACGUGAAAGUUGUAUCAAACUUGCCAUUUCGUUAUUGCCUAAAAUCUCAAGGUACGUUAUGUAAGCAUUCCAACAUAUCAACGUAUUUAAAAGCGUUGGCAUGUAUAAUGAAAACAUAUUUUCUUACUUCAUAGCACGGCAAGCAACUUCUCUGGCUUGCUGACGAUAACAAUAAUACAUUUUGAGUAACACCUGGCCACCCAGGUGUAUGGCAUCCUCAUAGAGACGAUAUUGCCAAGAUGUUGCAUCAAACUCAAUCUUCACAAAAAAAACUCUGCUUCAAGGGUGUGACACAUCUAGAUUUGAAUAUUUGGUGAACCUAUCAUAUUUUUUUUACAGUGGAUUCGCGCAGGGCUGAAGCGUGUUUGUCCGAGAAACAUGAUUGCAAUCUCCACAGAGCUCAAAGCAACCUAGGCAGGCGGCAGUACGACGAUUGUCGGAACUGCUAGUCAUAACAUAAAAAUUUCACCAAAUGCAAAACAUUCACAAAGAAAUCCUCUUCAUUGUUUGAUACAUUUCGAUCCGUUUUCCAAAUCUGGCUUUCAGCAUCAGAUUUCCUAAAAUCUGAAAAAUUAUCAAACACCAUCGGGCAAUUGAAUGACAUAUGCGUUGUUAAAUAAGAUAUGUCUACAUUGACACCUGGGUAGCGUUAUCCUCUUUGAAUAGCUUUGAGCUAUUUGAUCAAAAUAAACUACUCUUUUGUUUGCCUCGACAUGUUUCUUAAGCUAAGUUUGCUGUUCCCAAAGUGGAAGUACAGCUCCAUUUGAUUUACACGGAAGGCGUCACCGGUGUUACACUUUUUUUCGAACUUGUCGUCUGGGAACUGCCAUAGCAAAUUUGAGGCGGAACUUUACCACUACUUUCCAUAUUUUUGCCUGGUGCGAAUGCAAUGUCAACCGAUGGCAACUACCAAUCACACGUAAUUGUCGCAGUCACACAAACACAUGAUUUCAUUAUUCCAGAACUUUUUCUCCAGCUGACUUUCCAAACCGUUUUGAUCUUGAAAUUCUUAAACUCACUUUUUUUUACACUAAAUUUUUUGCGUUGUUUUUCAUUUUGAAUUUUGCAUUUUUUUUUCUUCUCAUAUAUUUUUUUUUUCGCAACUCCGUCUAUCUCCACCGGAGUGUCAAUCCAGAAGUCCGUCUAUUUCCACCGGAGACUGUUUAAACAUUCAUUUUGCGUCAUAUUUUUUUUUUUUUUUUUGCUACUCCGUCUAUUUCCACCGGAGUGCCUUGACUUAUUUUUUCAGAACUCCGUCUAUUUCCACCGGAGUCUGUGAGUCUGUUUUAGGAUCAUCUCUAUUUUUUUUACCGCAUCUUACUUGUACUGGUUCAGCUUUACCGGCUGUGCCAUGUCGUGACCAGCUUCCGGCAUCUUCCGUUGGCGUUGUUUUUUGCCAAAAUAAUGAAGGCUCGACGCUCCAACUGGUAGAAAGCGGUUCCACCCGCUUACUAGCCGGUGGAGCGGGAUGUAGUUGUGUGGGCGCUUCUGUUGUGCUGUUUCUUUAGCUGGUCUGAGCGAGGAAAACUCCCAAAACCUCACUUUUGACCAGCUGCGGAAUUAGCACUCCAAAGAAGCCUCGGCCCAGCUGCUGCUACCACUACGGGUUACUGCUCCGCUCUGCAAUCGUCGAUCAACUGACUGCUCGUUCACGAUGUGUCACUUUUAUAUUAUGUUGCGUCGUUUCCUCUCCUCCUCGACGUCGCAUUUGACAUGUUGCAUUCCUGUCAUGGAAUAGUAUUAGGCGCUCUCGUUUUCAUGUGUCGAUUAUUAUUAUAAUAAUUUUUAUUUUCAUUAACUUUUUUUUUUUCUGUUAUUCCCUUUUAUUUAUUCACUACCUUCACCACAGUUUUCAGAUGAUUUUUUUUCCACAAGAUCUCUCAGGAAGAUCUCGACAGGAGUAUCUUCAAAAAUUAUUUCAAGAGAAUUCAGAGAUGCCUACUAGAGAUACAUCAGAGAUUCAUCCAGAAGAUCCUUCAGGAAUUCUCAUAGGGGGUCCUUCAGAGAGUAGUCUGAGAGUUCCUUCAUGGAUUCCUUCAGAAGUUCCUUAAGGAAUUUCUACAGGAGUUUCUCUAGGAUCUAGUAUAGGAGUUUCCUUAGAGAUUCCUCCAGGAGAUCCAUCAGAAAUUCCUGGAAUUUGUUCAAGAAUCCCUCCUGAAAUUCCUUCGGGGAUUCCUCUUGGAAUCACUUCGGGAUGCCUCAAGAAAAAUUUGCAUAGAUUCUUUCAGAAGUUCUUCAAGGAUUGCUCCAGGAUUGCGGUGACCUCUCCAGGAGUUCACUAAAGGGUCUCCCAAGUUCCUUCUGAAAUCAUUACAGAAGUUCCUUCACAGAAUUUUAUACGAAGAUCCAAGGAUACCACCAGGAGAACUCAGGGAUUACCUCAGAAGUUUAUUCAGCGAUUUCUAUAUAAGAGUUCCUUCCAAAAUUUCUUCAGGAUACCCUUGGGGGAUUGUUCGAGAAGUUCCUUUAGGAGUUCUUCCAGAAGUUCUUCCAGGGAUCGCUCCGGUUCUUUCAGAUUGUAGAUUGAGAUUGAGAUCUUUUGAGGAAGACUCACGGAUGCUUUCAGUAGUUACAUCAGAGAUUUCUCCAGAAGCUCAUUCAUGAAUUCCUACAGGAGUUCCUUCAGGGAAUGUUGUAGGAGUUCCUUCAAUAGUUCCCUUAGGAUUAUAAUCAGGCAUAUCUCUAGGAAAUUCUUGAGGGAUUUUUCUUGGAGUUUCUACAAGAAUUCCUCAAGGGUUAUCUUCUGUAAGUCCUUUCCCCUACUCGGAAAGAUCCGCUGAAAAUUCUUCGAGGAUUGCGCCUGGAAAUCCUGUGGAUAUUCCUGCCGGAAUUCCUUCGAGCAUUCCCCUGGAAUCCCUGCAGAGAUAUCUUCUGUAAUUUCGUCGGGGAUUCCUCCUAGACUUCCUUCAGGGGUUCACCUGGACUUCCUUUGAGGAUUCCUCCUGGAAUUCUUUUGGGGAUUCCUCUUGGACUUCCUCCGGAGAUUCUUCCUAGAUUUUCUUUCAGGGUUUCCUCCUAGACUUCCAUCGAGAUUUCCUCCUGAAAUUCUUUCGGGGAUUCCUUCUAAUAUUCCGUCAAAUUUCUUUGGCGGUUCCUCUUAGAAUUCCACCAUGAGCAAUCUAUCAUGGAAUUCUUCCAGGGAUUUCUCCUACACUUCAUUUAGGGAUUUCUUUUGGAUUUCUUUCGGAGAUUCCUCCUAGAAUUCAUUCUGGAAUGUCUCCUGGAAUUCCUUUUGGGAUUCCUUUUGGAAUUCCUUCUGGUAUUCUUCCUAGACAUCCUUCGUGGAUUCCUCAUGAAAUUCUUUCGAGGCUUUCUCCUGAUAGUCUAACGUGGGUUUCUCCUUUGGGGAUUUCUUUUGGAUUUGCUUCAGUGAUUCCUCAUGGAAUUCAUUUAGGAGUCCUUCUGGAAUUCCUUUGGGAUUUUCUUCUGGAAUUGCUUCAGUGAUUUCUCCUAGAAUUUCUUCAAGGAUUCCUCCUGUAAUCCCUUCGGAGAUUUUUCCUGGAUUGCCUAUGUGAGUUCCUCGUGAAAAUCCUUCGAGUAUUCUGCUUGGAAAUGCUUCGCAGAUUCCUCCCAGAAUUCCUUCAGGGGUUCCCCCUGGGAUCCCUGAGAUUUCUCCUUUCAUUCCUUUGAGGAUUUCUCCAAGAAUAUCUUUGGGAAUACUUCCAGGAAUCCCGUCGGAUAUAUUGCUACUGGACCUCCUUCAGGGAUUUCUCCUGGACUUCCUUCGGGGAUUCCUCUUGGAAUUAAUUUGAAGAUUUCUCUUUAAAUUCCUUCGGGAAUUCCUUCUAGAGUUUCCUCGGGGAUUUCUCCUGAAAUUUCUACGGAAAUUCCUUUUCCUUUUUUUUGGAGCUUUCUUGUGAAAUUCUUUCAAGGUUUCCUCUUGGAAUUCCUGCAGGAAUUCCUGGAAUUAUUUCAAGGGUUUCUCUUGGAAUUCCUACGAGGAUUCCUCCUGGAUAUUUUCAAUGGUUCCUCCUAAAAAUACUUUGAUUAUUUCUUUUCGAAUUUCUUUAAAAAAAUCGGAAAUUUCUUUGGGGAUUCCUCCUGGACUGGCUUCAUCAAAUCCUUCUGGAAUUUUUUGGGGGAUUCCUUUUGAUAUUCCGUCGUGGAAUCCUCCUGGAUUUUCUUCUCGAAUUCCUUUGGCGAUUCCUCUUAGAUUUCCUUCGGAGAUUCUUCCUUUCAUUCUUUCAAAAAAUUCUCAUGGAAUCACUCCUCCUGCAAUUCCUUCGGGAUUUCCUUCUUGAAUUUCUUCGGUGAUUUCUCCAAGAAUUCCUUUGGGAAUUUCUCCUGGUAUUCCAAAAUUCUUCUUAGAGUUGCUACGAGGAUUCCGUCUUAAUUUUUUUUGUAGAUUCCUCUUCCACUUCCUUUGUGAGAUUCGUCUUAGAAUUCCUUCGGGGUACCCUCUUUGAGGAAUCCCGUUGUAAUUCCUUCGGAGAUUUCUCCCGGAAUUCUUUCGAAGGUGAACUCUGGGAUUCCUGCAGGGAUUUAUCCUGUAAUUUGUUCGGGGAUUCUUUCUAGACUUCUUUCGCGGAUUCCUCCUAAAAUUCAUUCGGGGGUUCCUCCUGCUCUGGUAUUACUUCUGGAAUUCCUUCGAAAUUUUCUCAUGGAAUUCCUGUGGUGAUUUCUCUUCAAUUUCUUCGGAGAUUCCUGCUGGAAUUCCUUUGGGAACCUCCUAGAAUUCCUGCAGGAUUUCUCCCUGGAAUUCCAUCGGUGAUUCUUCCUAGAAUUCUUUCGAGAAUUUCUCCUGGAAUUCUGUCGGGGAUUCCCCCUAGAGUUAUUUCGGAGAUUCCUUUUAGAAUUCCUUCGGGGGUUUCUUUUGAGGAGUUCUUCCUUCGAGGAUUCUUCCCAAAAUUCCUUCGGAGAUUUUUCCUGAUAUUUUGUCGGGGAUUCCUUCUGGAUUUCCUUCGGGAUUCCACCUUGAAAUUCCUAUGGUAAUUCCACUUCGAUUUUUUUCGGAGAUUCCUCUUAGAAUUCCUUCGGGGAUCCCUCACGGAAUUCCUCCGGGGAUUCCGCCAAGGGGGAGUCGCUGAGCACAUCUUUACUUGCGCCAAUUAUUUUCAGUGUGCCACCGGGUAUUGAAUUGUGCCUCAGUGUGCCCCGAAGUGCCACUGCUUGAUGAUUCAGAUUUUGCUUGGCAACUACCAAGACAACCAACUGUUUGUUUUCAUUUUGCAGGUCAAAUGCACAUGGUUGCCUAGUUUUUUCACCCAAACUCAAGUGUCAAAAUUGUGCCUCAGAGUGCCUCGGUGUGCCACACAGCGUAUAAGACGGUGUGCUUGGCACCUCUUGGCACAAUGUUCCAAGCGACUAGCCCCUUGGAUUCCGCUAACAAUUCCUCCGGGAAUUCGUCUUAGAAUUCCUCUGGGGAAUACCUUAUGAGAUUCCUCCUGAAAUCCCUUCGAGGAUUCCUCAUGGAAUUCUUUCGGAAAUUUCUCCUAGUAUUCUCUCAGAGAUUUCUGCUGGAAUUACUUUAGAUAUUCCCAAGGAGAUUCCUUCUCCAUGUGUUUCGUUGAUUCCUCCUUGAAAUCCUUCGAAGAUUUCUUCUCGAAAUCCUUUAGAAAUCCCCGCUAGAAUUCCGUCGGGAAUUCCUCCUGGGAUUCCUUUGGAAAUUCCUGCUGUAAUUCCCUUGGGAUUCCUGCUUGAAUUCAUUUGGGGAGUCCUCCUAGAAUUUCUUUUGAAGAUUCGUCCUGGAUUUCCUCGAAAGCUGCAAUCAGAGAUUUCUUCAGAAGUUUCUGCAGAGAUCUCUAAAAGAGAUUCUUUAAUCGCCAGAGAUUCCUGCAGAAGUUUCUCCAGGGCUCCAUGCAGCAGUUCUUGCAAAGAUUGGUACAGAGUUUUCUUCAUGGAUUUCUUCAGGAGUUUCUUUCAGGCACCUCCUAGGAUUCCUACCGAGAUUCCUCCCUGAAAUCAUUCGGGGAUUCCUUAGUGUAAAUAGUGUGACUUUAUUAUCAAGUUUGAUAGCUUCUGAAGAUUCUGAGAAAACAAAAAAAAACAAAGCUCUACAGGAGUGCAACAAAAAGAACUCUUGAGCAAACUUUAGUUUAAGACUCAGACUCAGACUACAAAUUCUAGAGCGUAAUAACAACUUCUUCGCUUUGCCAAUGUUUAAAUUAUGGCCAAAUUUUGGUCACGCCGAUUCACGCCGCCGCCGCCGCCGCCGAAGGCUGCCACCGGCGUGACGCCGAUGACGCCGCCGCCGCCGGUCAAAAAUGGCUCUCACGCCGCCGCCGAGCAAAAUAUAGUCGGCGCACAGGUCUAUGGUAUACGGUUUAGUUAGACCUGAAAAUUGCUCUUUUUAAUUGAAGUAGGCUCGGCCUCUAUACACUGAAUUCUGUUUUUACAUGAUGUUUUAACGCGAUUUUCUCGAAGCUACGCGACUUUUUUACACGAUUUGGAUCAUUUGCGGAGGGCAUAUCAUGUAAAAACAACAAAAUUUGAACAGUUUCUCGAGUACACUGCAAUUUCGGUUCAUGCAGAUUUGAUGCAUUGUCCUUCAUUAAAAUGGGAGCGCUAUUCAACCCUUAAGAAAAUGUUAUAAUGACGGUAACUCAAAAAACAUUUUACUGUACACAAAGUACAAAAGUGGAACAAACGACUCUUAAACAAACUUUAGCUUAAGAAACUGUUUUUCAGCUAGUUCUGUUUCUUGGAUAUGACAACGGGUCAUAGGAGUUCUCAGGAUGAUCUAAGGGGAACUGAAGAGAAUAUGGGCGAACUAGAAGAUCCCCAUAAGGACUGUGGUUGUUUAGGGUUCAUCAAGUAGGCUAAGGACAGAUUUCAAGACUAGCGGGUCCUAAAUAAAGUCCCUCACGGACAACCUCGGGUUGGUAUAACAAUGUUUGUGCUGUAAUACAAAAGAACUCGAAAAAUGGAGAAAAUUGAAGUGGUUUCGGAUAGGCCAGGAGGAAAUAACUUCCGGAAAACCACAAUUAACUUUAAGAAACGGAUUACUUUAUUUGAUAUAACGUGUUCGCACUUUAGACAUUGGUUUUUGAUUAGAUUCAUAUUGCUGUGUGCGUUCAAGAUGCAAACGGUGCUCAAAUGCGCUUCAAACGCGGUAACACAUGUUACCAAAGGCAACGUAGCAACCAUAGCCAAUAUCACCGCCUACCUAAGAUUCGAAAACUCCCACUGACAUCGGGUUACUUGUUAGAAAAUCUUACCGCAUUUGGUGCUCCCGCAUUUGAUAUUUGCAUUUUGAAUGCACACAACAAUAACAGUGUAGUCAGUAAGGACAAAACAAUAUUACGCUUAUUGGAGCAGAACCAGUUGGGGGCAAGCUAGAGUACGAUGGUUACUCUCAACAAAAAAUGCAGUGGACAGUGUCCAGGGAGGGUUUCAAUAGGUUUCUGAGGGGGGUUUCGGGGGUUUCAUAGAGCUUCGGGGGUCCUAAGGCUGUUUAAAUGUCACAAUAGGUCUAUCAACAGAUCGCAGUGACUUAAAUACCCAUCAAGGAAUAAUAAGGCUAUCUUAGGUAUUUCAAGGGGUUUCAAGCAGAUUCCAGGGAAGUUUCAGAGAAGGUUUAUACGGGGCAGCAGGGACAGAGCAAUUUAAGGACAUUCCACGGGGUUUUAGAGGCUCUUCUGGUGCUUUCAAGGAGUUGCAGGGUUUCAGAAGGGGUUUUUAGCGUUUCAGAGAGCUGCCGAGGGUUUUAGGGAUACUUUAAAGGAUUUUCAUGGAAGCUUCAGUUGUUUCGGUAGGUUUCGUGUGGAUUCAGGGCGAAUUACCAGGUUCCGGAGGCAUUAUAGGUUAUUUUAGCAACUCAGCGAGCUUCAGAGGCAUUUUAUAGGGCUUCAAGGUGUUUUCAGGGGUGUUUCAAAUCGGUCUAAAGGUGAUUUAGGGAGUUUAUAGGGACACACUGUUAGCCUCCUGAAUGUCUUCUGAAGCUUUCUGGGACCACAUUAGACUCCCCUGAGACCCUUUGAAACGUCUCCAAAAACGUCUCUAACGCCUUUGGAAAUAUAUUGAAUCCAAGACCUCCUGGAAACUCCCUGAGACCACUUGUAACGUUCUGAAACCCCCUGAGAUCUCUUAACACCCCCUGUGACCCUCUGAAGCUCCCUGAAAACUGUCCAUAUCCUCCUUGGGUCUUCUAAAACGAAAUUGGAACCCCCAGGAACCCCCUGAAACCACCCAACUAACAUUUUUUCUAUACAGGAGUUUAAAAGAGCUUUCUUUCAAAAGCGUUUGUUCCCUAAUUUAUUAUGCUGCUACUUUUGUUGGUAAGGAAAAUCUCCUAAAUCCCAUGAAACGCCACUGAAAAUCUACUGGCCCCCUAACAAUGACCUGUGAUCUUUUGAAACGUCCCUGAGACCCUUUGAAAUGCCCCUGUAACCCUGUGAACUAACUACUUCUACGUUCAGUCCUGAGCACCCAUGGUGGUGCAGAGGGCCGAAAUUGAAGAUUUCCAUCCUGGCCGUCAUGACCUGUGGUCAGAUCAAAUUUCUGUCCACUUACUUUAGUUCCUCGUCGAGGCUGCGCCACCAUGACCCCCUUGAAUCCCCCUGGAAUUUCCUGAUAUCCCCCCAAAUAACCAGGACAGCCAUUCAAACGUUCCCUAAACCCUACAAUCUCCUGAAACUCCCCUGAAGCACCAUGAAUCGUGUAAGUUAUGUUCAGUCUGUAAAACAUCUGGCUGAAGAAGGAUUUUUUUAUUUAUUAUUUUUUACACUAAGAAUGCAUUCGUGUCAGGCUGAAAAAGGUGUCUAAUGCCUCUAUUCAUUCGGGGGUUUUUUCACUAGGUCUUUCCGGGAUGCCUCAUUGAGUUUCUUCUGGGACUUUUCUAGAAAUUCCUUCCGGGAGUAACUGCUUCCAGAAUUCCUCAACGAGUUUCUUCGGCGAUUCCUCCAGAAGAUCCUUUUAGGAUUACUCCGGGAAUUCCUUCUGGGAUGCCUUCCAGGAUUACUCCAUGAUUUCAUUCAUCUGAUAUUCCUCCAUAAUCUGCUUCCCAGAUUGCUCCAGGAGUUUCUUCCAGGAUUCCUCAAUGAUUUUUUCCGAGACAUUCCAGGAAUUCUGGGAUUUCUCCAUUAGUUUCUUUCGGGAUUUUUUCAAGAAUUCCUCCCAUGAUUCCUCCACAAUUUUCUUAUGGGAUUCCUUCCGAGAUUCCUGAAGGAGUUUGAAUCUUUCUGGGAUACCGUCAAGAAUUUUUUCAUGGAUUUCUCCUGGAAUUCCUUCCAUUGCUCCAUCAGAGGUUACUUCCGAGGAUUGCUCCAGAAGCUCUUGCUCUAAAAAAGGGUUGCUCUAAAAGUUUCUUCCGAGAUAUUUCCGGGAGAGCUUCUUCCGGGGUUUCUUCCCUUUAAAUUUUUUCCAGGAUUUCUCCAGAACUUCCUUUAGAAGCACUUUCAGGGAUUCCUCCAUGAGUUGUUUGUGGGAUUCCUUCAGGCUGUUUGCUAAUACAAACGCAGCCAGUACAAGAAAGCAUUCUGGAAAGUGAUCGGGUUAGAUUACGCCCAAUGACGUUUCUUGUCAAUAUUGAGGCCUGCAGCAUAUCAAAUAAAUGGCACAAGCGUCAAAGUGGCCAGGCCUACUGCGUUGUGUUUUCCGCAAAGAUGAUUCUUCAAAGUACCUCGAGUUCUUCACUAUUUUCUUUCACCGAGGUACACUCUCUCCUGAAUUCAGAUUCUACUAGUAACGGAACAAAAAAAUCCUCCGGGAUUCCUCUAUGGCUUACUUUUAGCAAUAUUACAAAACUUCCUGCUUGGAAUUGUACAGGAAUUUCUUCAAGGAUUCCUCCAGAAUUUCCUUCCGGGGUUUUCAAUAGUUCCUUCAUGUACGUCCAGGAAUUCCUCCAAGGAUUCCUUCAUUCUUCCGCAGAUUUCUCGUGGAGGUCUUUCCGUAGGCUGCUCCGAAAGAUGCUUCCUGGAGUUUUUCCUGCGAUUCCGGGAUUGUAAAGGAAUGAAAAAAUCCGGGAUUCAUUCAAGAAUUCCUUCCACAACUCUUCAUGGUACCUAAUCCAUUAGUAAUUUCUUAAGGAGCUUCUUCCAGGGUACUUUGGGCAAUCUUUCGAAGAUUCUUUUAGGAGUUCCUUCUGGAAUGCAUUAGGAGGUUACUCCGAGAUUCCUCUAAUAGUUUUAUUUAGAAUUGCUUCAGAAAAUACUUCUAGGAUUCUUCUUGGGGCAGCUUUCGGAAGUUCUGCAGGAGUUACUAAAGGAAUCCCUUGAGGAGUACCUUCUGUGAUUCCUCCAGAAAUUCCUUCCGAGAUACCCUUAAAAAAUCCCUAAUGGGGAACCCGUUCCAGAGAUUUUUAGGAAUCUUGAAAGGAACUCCACAGGAACUCUGGAAGGAACUCCUGGACAAAUCAUAGAAAGACCGCUUAUUGGAGGAAUCCCGGAUGGAAUUUUUGAAGUAACUUAUGAACAUUCCUAAGCACUUGGGGCAAUCGAAGACAACGGCUUGAAUGGUCUUGACUGGGACCAUGGCUGGAUCUGUUGACCACUCCCGACCUGGCUGGGCCGAGUGGCGAUUGGUUGGACGGUUUGGUCUGACAUGGAGUAGAGUUGGCUUAGCCCCGAGCACGGCCCGCGGCCUGGAUGGGCCGCAACCGACGGCUUGAACUUGGAAAAGGUUAUAGUGAGUUGGACACGUGCGGGUUCCGCGAUCUAAAUGACCGGAUGACAGUUAUUGGGUGAUUGGAUUCGAAACAGAUUUGGGAACACGGCCUGGAUAGAUCACGGUUGGAGUUUCUCAGGACAGCUUGUUCCGGAUGGCUUAAGUGGACGCGCGGACGGCUGCUGCCUGCAUAGAUCCCUUGGUCCUGAAUUAGUCUGAGCAUGGGCACGUGGGUUUCCGCAGCUUGGCUGAGCGUUUCGUUUGGCCUAUGAUUGAGCAUUGAGCACGUGGACUUCCUGCUGCCUAAAAGGUCCCCGGAUGCCUGAUGGGUCCGGCGGGGUAUUUGCUUGAUCACGUAGGCUUCCACCGGCGUGGAAGGGAUCCGAUUGACGCUCUGCGGAGCCUACGGUUGGGCACAUGAGCGUCCCGCUUUUGCCACGAUUCACCUCACGGCCCCUUCAUCCUCUCCGCUUCGCUGUCCCCGUAUCCUAUUGUUCUCCACAAUUUCGUAGAUUCGCUCCGGGUAUUGAGUUGCAAUUGUUUACUUCGCCCCAAUAGGUAGAGUUGUGAGCCGGGAGCGUUAGUAACAUUUUUUAUGGCAGAACUACAUGCAUAGUCUAACAAUAUUUAUGUUUUCGAUUGGAUUUCUGGUGCAUGAUUGCUGGUUAACCAUUGUAAACGAUUUCGGUAACAAGGUCGCUAUAGGUAAAUCCAACGGAAGCUAACGAUCCCUCCGCAUCUGGUGGCAGGAAUGAGAAACCUAUGAAAAGAGGGGCUCCGCCAAAAUUUGCCAUUGCGCAGUAUAGGCAAACUGCACUUUUUUCACAUUUUCAUAUCGAAUUCCGCAUCGCAGAGAAACAAACGAGCACUUUUUGAAAAGAAAAUCUGAUUCUCUUUCAGGUGCGCUUAGAUCCGGUAGGUACUUACUUAUGUGAUUAAUUUGAGGAGCUCUUGCUACGCCUCCGGCGGGCAAUCUUCCGGAUUUUUUGUUAGCUGGUCAAUCCGGUGUCUGUCGUCGUGGGCAUCGAGAUUGAUGAUAACAGAAGCCAUUACCAAUGGAAAAUAGCAACCACCAAGGCAAAAUAUGAGUUAAUUUUGAAAACGAAAAAUUGAAUUUUUGAUGUAAACAAACGAUUUUCACCUUAUCUCACUUAGCGCCUCUACAAUUGGGGGUCAUUCAAAUUCACCUAUAGAGUAAACAGAAUCUUGUCACUUUAAUUUGCAGAAGAGAGAGUCGAUGAAGAGAACUCUCUCAUGUUACUUUCGCCCUUAUUUAAACUCAAUCUAGAGAUGUUAUGGUCCAUAUACGCUCACGCCAGUAGUACGAUCACGAAUCAGUAGUUAGCAGGAAAGAUUGCUUGAGUGAUCAAUAGCAGCGUAUUUUCAGAGCUAUUCCAAAGUGCUGCCACAGAGGAACGGACGUCACACUCUCAUUGCUUUCCAUCGAUAACCUUUUUAAUGUUUGGUUCAAAUAUUUAGUAAUAGGUCGAUCGACCACUCGCGGCGCUGGUAUCGUUUUUGCUUCUGUUUGACGUUUGCUCACUACCGCCAUCUAGUGGCGGCCCGGCAAAACACAGUACGUUUAGCAUUGGGCGAUUACGUUUUCGUGACGAUGUAUUUAAUGAAAUUUCUUCUAAGUGUUACGUCUGUUUCUCUGUGGUGCUGCCAUUGUUUAAUGGUGUGGCACAACCCUCGGCUCAACCAUAAUUGGCUGAACUAUUCAUGCAGAUUAAAAUAAUGCUCAUUAUCUCAGAUUUGAUGCGAUAUUGGUAAUUAAAAUUCGCAACAAAGUUGUAGAGCUGUAAAACUGCACUCUACGUUGCGUCUAACAAUACAGUAAACGUUCGAUAAGUGCAACAUGUUUACGUUUCAGUUACCGAAUGAAAUUCGCUAACUGCAACGACUGACAGCCGUCAAACAGUUGUCAAUUUCUGUUGGACGCAGUCAGAAUGCACUCAAAAACAUCGUAAUGCAGUUGUAGUGCAACUGAAAAACAUCGCAACUCUAUUGAAGUUUCGUUUUUGACAGAUAGCGGUGCGAUAACUGCAAAAUUGUUGCACUUAGCGGACUUGCAGUUAAAAAGCAUUGCAGUUAAACCGUUUGCACCGAGCGAACGUCUACUGUACUGGCGUUCGAUUUGAAUAAGUCGAUGCUGACAACACUGGCAACACUGAUUAUGCUCAACACAUAUCACAGAUCUGGUACGACAUGGACAAUUCGAACACUGACAAACAAACGUAACGGGAAAGGAUGAAAAAAUUGUCCGAUAUAAAAAGAACACGCUGUCAUCUAUUGGUAGAAUCACGUGAAACGCUAUCAGCCAUAAUGGAUUGCGGUUUGACGUUUGACUAAUAGGGCACUGCAAGAAAUUCUCUCCUUCUCUUUCACUCUUACAGCCAUUAUGUAAACAACAAGGCCAAGAAAAGUCAAAAUUCCAUACACAAUCAAAACAGUGCAGUGCCCUAUACACACACUACUAUUUACACAAACCGCCUGUAAUUUUCAGUAACACGAAAUUAGUCUAUGGUAACACAUCCGCAAAUAUCAAAGCAACCGAGCACUAGCCAAAUAUAAUGGCAGUUCUCUUAUGUCGAAUUCGUUUUUGAACCUGGGUUGGAACUGGAUCGGCGGAAAAUGUGUAAACAAAAAACGUCAAACAAACUUUAGUACAAGCAAAACCGAAGUCGGGUUGGGGUUGAAACUGUGAUCUGAUCCAGUUCCAACCCAGGUUGGAACUGAAUCAAAAACGAAAACGACAUUAGGUAUUGACCAUCAAACGCAAAGCUAAAUUGCGCAGGUGGCGCUUUUCUAAAACAGUAAAUUACCAACCCUAGACUGAAUUACUAAUGCUACAAAUGGAAGAAAAGUGAAAUUAUUGCAGAAUCUCCUAACUUUCAUGCAAUGUAUUGGCCAGAAAUAUGUUAUUUUUGCUUCCAAAGUUGAAAAUUUUGCGUUACUCAACCUCACAUUUGAUCGCCAAUAGGGCACUGCACUGUUUUGACUUUGUAUGACGUGUUGGCGAUUCUUGGCCUUGUUGUUUGCAAAAUUUCGUCAAGAUUGAAAGACACGGAGAGAACUUCGUGUAGUGCCCUAUGUUAGAUCUUCCAUUGCAUCUGUAGUGGUAAAUGGUUAGGAACGGAGUUUAAAUGGGAUUUCAUUCUAUGUAUGUUCUAUGUAUGGGUGGAAAAAAUGGUGAUCUAGUGUAUCUUAGGAAAAAAACAACUGUCAUUUUACUUGGGAACACUAGUGCCUCUGGUGGAUUUUGUAAUAUAGUUUCAUGAUGUCCGCUAAUUGUAAUCCGCUUCCACAUGUUUUAUAAUAGGGUGCCGAGCCACUGGGGAAGUGGCUGGUGUUUUGGUACUUUUCCGCUAUAACCCAGUCAAAUUCAAACCAAUUGACUUGAUUUCUUUUUUUACACGGCAAGAAACUACAGUCUGAAUUCGCUCGUUGGGUCACGACUGCGCCCCGAUUAGCGAAUCGUGUUCGUUGGCACACGCAACGGGCAAGAAACACGUCAUGAUACACUCGCAUACUUACACAAUCGAGUGGAGUGGACAUGGUGUGAUGGUUAGAACACUUGACUAUCACGCCGAGGACCUGGGAUCGAAUCCCACUCCGGACAAACACGCAAAAUGUGAGUUCUUCCUUCGGAAAGGAAGUAAAGCGUGGAUCCCGAGAUAAACUAGCCUAGGGCUAAAAAUCUCGUUAAUAAAGAUAAAAAAAGUUUUCUCCCUUAUUUAUAAUGUUCAUUCUUAGCAUAUUUUUUCUAGAACAUGGUUUCCCAAACUGUGGGUCGCGACCCCCUAGGGGGUCGCCGGCAUUUAUCCAGGGGGUCGCGAGGUACAGUAAAAUAUUUUACUGUAAACAGUCAACAAAUGAGGGAAUUUCUAGGGGGGGUCGCGAAAACUUCGUCAGUUGGCAAAAGGGGGUCGCGCGACCUGAAAGUUUGGGAACCUAUGUUCUUGAAAAAAGGACCCUACAAAGUUGUGCCCUGGGCCCCCACAUUGAUAAAUCCGGCCCUUGCCCUAAGCUAGUGAAAAUUCCACCCCACAGGGUUUUAAAGAUGUUUCUAAGGGACAGGAGGUUCAAGAGAAACUAUAUAAAAUACAUAGAUGUUUCGAAUGGUUUCAAGAAGGCUUCAUGGAAAUUCCAGAAGGUUUUUAGGAUUUUUGAGGGCUUUUGAGAGGGUUCUGAUAAUUUCAGAGCCUGCAGCCCCUUUAAACCCCUGAAUUAUCCGUCCAGCUUCUCUGAAACGCGCUAAUAUGCCCUGCAAUCCCUUGAUCUAUCUAAUGCUCCCAGAAACGCAAUGAACCGUUCCUGAAUAUCCUCCAGAAAUCCGUUGAAAUCUCUCUGAAACACCCUAAGACGGACCUGAAACUCCUAAAAACUCAUGAAAAACUGAAACAUCCUUGAAAUGCCUUGAAGCGUCCCUAAAAUCUUUCUCAAAACUUCUUAGACCACCGGAAAUUCCCCUGAAAUGUUCUUCAGUAACGUUCUGCAACAUCGUCAUGAUCAAUUAUCAAUCAUUCGGAUUGCGAUUGAAAACAUCGAUAAUGGAAUACCAUUCUGCAUAGACGAGUGUAUCGAUUAACAACAAAUCUGGCGUUCGAUUUGAAUAGGUCCUAAAAUUGCUGUGAUUCCUAUGUUGAUUCGACCUAUUCAAAACGAACACCAGAAAUACAUGCAAUGCAGUGCUCGAAUCGGAGUAAAUAUGAAAAAUAUUAUGGCCGUAUAUACCGUUGAAGAGAAAUUUUCAGAGAGCCACACGCCGCUAAACUAUCGUGCCCCACUCUCAGAAAUAUUUGUUCCUUGCUCUUGCUUUCACUUACUUCAGAAGCAUGUUAGCUAAUGAAAGCAUAGCUAUUGCUUUGGGUUGGAGAACGUCGGUCAAAAGGAACAAAUUUUACAUCGUUCGGGAAAAACGCUUUAGUUUUCAAGCACUGAUGAACGGACGGACGUUCAACGGACAGCCAAAAGACCACUUUGUUCAGGCAUUUACUGGGCCCAUAACCUUCGACCAAAACUAGCAUCCAUCAGAGUAAUAAAGGUGGGUGACUUCAUACGACAUUAUCAAUUCAUAAAUAACGUGAAUCUUGACAUAAAAAUCAAUGAAUGUCAAAUCCCCUGCACAUGAUUCCAAGAAGAGGCAUCACAAGCGAAACACUUUCCGUAGCAAACAGCCUGAAAAGUCGAACAACUGUAGAGCACCAUUUCCACAUAGGUCUGUAACAGUCGGCACGAAAGUAUAGGACCUGUGAGUAGCGCGUACCAAGCGGAGAUCGCAAAUUAAAUAGUUUCGUAAAAAAAAGGACGCAAAAAAGCUAUAAGCGCAUAUAGAAGAGUUCGUCGAUAAAACAGACAUGAGUUGAUUCCUAUUAGAAACACACACAACACUACGAUUUAAUGAGUUAGUUAGAGAAAAUUAUCUAGAAAGAAAGAAAGAGAAAAAACUUCAAGGUUACAUGCGAAGCAUAUAAGUUGACAAUUUGUACAGUAGAGGAACAGAUAAAAAAAGCGCUCUAACACUGAAGAAUGAUUGAAGUAAAGAAAUCUAGUCCUAUUACACCUCCGAGCUACCUAUC